UUCUGCAGCUCGUAUUCAUUUCCCACUAGUCCUGGUUAUGGCAGCUCAGGUCCGCGCUAUAGUGUCCGGUCACUGGCUCGCAAAUGCGGUCAAAUGUAACCUCGUCGGACCCAAACUUCGCAUCCUCGAUACUUCGUGGUACUUACCUGCCUGGGAGCGGAACCCGAAAGCAGAAUUUGCUCAGCAGCACAUUCCGGGCUCGCAGUAUUUUGACUUAGACGAAUGUUCGGACAAGAGCUCGGUGUUUCAUCACAUGGUGCCAACCUGCAGCCACUUCGCUCAGUAUGUGGGAGAUCUGGGCAUCGGGAACGACACGCACGUUGUCGUUUACGACACCAGCGACUUUGGUUCGUACAUUGCGCCGCGCGUGUGGUGGAUGUUCCGGCUGUUCGGACACAACAUAGUGUCGGUGCUGGACGGUGGCAUGAAGAACUGGCUCACUGACGGUCACCCGCUGACCUCCGAGUGUGCCACACCGGAGCGCAGAGAGUUCAAAGCCACUUUGAAUCAGUCGUGGGUGAAGAACUAUGAAGAGGUGCUGGAGAACAUCAGGACCAAGCAGGCCCAGGUUGUGGACACCAGGUUUGCGGGCAUGUUCCGUGGGAUUGAGCCGGAGCAUCGAGAGGACAUCCUGCCAGGCCAUUUCCCAGGUGCAAUCAACAUGCCCUUCACUUCUUUUAUUGAUGACUCUGGAAAGGAGCUGGGAACUCCAGAUCUGGCCAAGCAGUUCAGAGAAGUAGGAGUGGACCUGGAGCGUCCACUGUGGGCAACCUGCAGCACUGGCGUGACAGCAUGUCAUGUGGCUCUGGCUGCUCAUUUGCUUGGCUACCCUGGUGUGUGCAUUUAUGACGGCUCCUGGUCUGAAUGGUUCAAGAGGGCAUGCCCAGAAUAUGUCAUCUCGGAAGGAGAGGAAAAGAAGAGAUAAACAAACAAGAGUAGAGGCAGUGAACAAGUACAAACACUGCUGAAUUAGCCAUACAUCUAUAUGCACAAUGAGUUUGUCAUAUAAAUCACUUACUAACGUGGGUUUUGGUAAAUGUCAGAAAUGUUUUAUGCUACGUUGUUCACCACAAAAUGUACAACAUCUGUUAAAACAGGUUAAGGUGCACUAUGUAAUAUCAGUUGAAUACUGAAGUCUGUUUAAUUUUAUGAUAAAUGGGUGCUUGAUUUC